AUGGACCAGCGUGCCCGCUUAGCUCGGAUCAAAAAUUACCGAACCAAAAUGGUGACGAAUCUUCGAAAUAGUGUGAAGAUCGCCUUGUUAGUCCCGACAGACCACAGUUCAGAUACUGAGAAGGACGGGUUUUAUCAAGAUCUGAGGCGACUGCUCCGGUCAGCAAGAAGGAGAGGUAUAGUAAUCCUGGCGGGUGAUAUGAAUGCCCAAGUAGGACGACUAAGUCCGGAAGAUACACAAUUAGGUGGUAGAAUCGGUGUUGGUGAUCAGCGUACGGAUAAUGGAUAG